AUGGGGAUGAAAGUAGCAUACCCACCCCCAUUUCAACCCAUUGGCAUCCCUAAUACAGUUCUCGAAUUAAUAGUGAAGCAUCAGGUUUCAGCUUCAUACCUCAAUAGAAUCACGCUCCCUGUAUCGAAGUCUCUGUCUUCAACCCCAAUCCCUCUCGAAAACCCGCUCACUUUUGUGUCUUAUCAGCAUCAUCUUCCUCAUUUGAAGAUGAAGAAGAAGAGGGCAAGUCAUGCCAUCCAUUCGAAACCAGUUCUGGAUCUGAAGUCUAUUAUUCAUCAGAAUUCUCAGUUCUUCGACAAGUUAGUUGAGCUCAUCCCUGCCAGGUUCUAUCUACCCAUUGACGAUGAUGAGAAGCCGUGGUUUCAGGGUCUCAGCAAGUCUGCCAAAGCUUCGGCAAAGAAGGAAUCAAAGGAAAACAUUAAGAAAGCUCGAAGACAACGAUUGGAUCCAGAGAAGUCUUCUACGACAACCCUUGAUUUGCUAAAACAAAGUUUGGAAAAGAAGUCGAGCGAUGAGAGUGACAGUGAUGAAAUAGAGGUUAAACCUGUGGUGGCUGGUCUAGAAGAUGAUGACCGGUCAGUGACAUAUGAAGAACUCCAGCAUCGUCUUCGUUGUAAGAUCGAGGAGUUUCGGGCUGGUCGGCACUGUGAAGGUUCAGAGAGAGCAAGGAAGAGGAUCGAGAGACAUGGGAGAUAUGAGAAGAAAGGAGCUGACCCGAAGAAACGGAAGAGAGAAACUGCAUCUGAUGGAAAGAAAUCUACUAGUGAUGAUUCAGUGAGGGAAGAUGCUGCAGAGGCUUCGAAGGAGCUCACAUUCGGUCAUGUCAAACUUGGGAAUGAAGAUGAGCUGGGGAAGAAGAAUAAGAAGAGAAAAUUGUCAAAGUUGCAGGAGCUUGAGAGGGCAAAACAGUUGGAAGAAGCCAAGAAAGAUCCCGAGAAAGGUGAGAUAAUCGCAAAGAAGCAUUCUUGGAAAGCAGCAACAAGUAGAGCUGCUGGGAUCAAGGUUCAUGAUGAUCCAAAGUUGUUGAAGCAAAGCCUUCACAAGGAGAAGAAGAAGCACCAGAAGAAUGCCGAGAAGUGGAAGGGAAGGGUUGAAACCACAGAGAAGAUGAAAGCAGACAAACAGAAGAAGAGAUCAGAUAACAUAUCACAGAAGAAGCAAGAGAAGAAAAUGCGGAAGAUUGCGAAAAGAGAGAAAAAACUCAUGCGGCCAGGUUUUGAAGGUCGCAAAGAAGGUUUUAUCACUCAAGGUUAA